CCGGGGCCUCCGUGGCCGCCUCCUUAACCCACGGUGAACCGGGGCGCCCUGCACAGGUUCAGACCCAGUGUGCCUCCUGGGCUGUGCCAGGUCCAUAGCCAUGCCAAUCAGUGGGUGAAGUUCCAGGCUGAGAUGGAGCCUCUGCAGCAGCAACAGCCGAAGCAGCAGCAGCAGCAGCCGCCCCCGCCGCCCCCACACCUGGCUGCCUUGCAGAUGGAUGCCCGGGAGAAGCAGGGGCAGCAGAUGAGAGACACCCAGUUCUUAUAUGCCCAGAAGCUGGUCACACAGCCCACUCUCCUUUCUGCCACACCUGGAAGGUCGCCUGCCACCCCUGCCUUGGGUCCCUUAGCCCGAGUUCCACCAGCCACUGCCACGCCCCGGGUUUUUGAACGAAGCAACGUGAGCUCGGAACCUGAGGAAGAGGAAGGAGGCUUGGAAGAUGAGGACGGGGCUGAUGAGGAUGCAGAGGUGGCUGAGAAAGAGGCACAGACUGCUUCAAAAUUCUUCCAUGUGCAGAAAGCGGCUCACCAGGAUCCCAGAGCGGGACCCAUGCCCAGUCUCCUUCCAGCACCGGGGCUCCCCCCUCACGGACCCCAGUCUAAAGAAGACCAUACCAAAGAUGCUUCCAGGGCCCCACCUGCAGCCGCCACGGCUGGGCAGCCCAGCUGGAAUCUGGAUGAGCAGCUCAAGCAGAACGGCGCCAUGGCCUGGAGCGAUGAUGGGGAUGGAGGCCGGGGAAGAGAGAUCUCUCGAGAUUUUGCCAAGCUGUACGAACUGGACGGUGAUCCCGAGAGGAAGGCAUUCCUGGAUGACCUCUUCGUCUUCAUGCAGAAGAGGGGGACCCCCAUCAACCGGAUACCCAUCAUGGCCAAGCAGACCCUGGACCUGUACAUGCUGUAUAAGCUGGUGACGGAGAAGGGGGGCCUGGUGGAGAUCAUCAACAAGAAGAUCUGGAGGGAGGUCACCAAGGGCCUCAACCUGCCCACGUCCAUCACCAGUGCCGCCUUCACCCUGAGGACCCAGUACAUGAAGUACCUGUACGCCUACGAGUGUGAGAAGAAGGCCCUGAGCUCCCCAGCGGAGCUCCAGGCCGCCAUCGAUGGUAACCGCAGGGAGGGCCGGCGGCCCAGCUACAGUUCCUCACUUUUUGGCUUCUCUCCUGCUGCCGCUACUGCUACUGCGGCCACCGCCGGCGCCCCCACCCUCCUCUCCCCACCCAAGAUCCGCUUCCCCAUCCUGGGGCUCGGCUCCAGCGGCGGCACCAGUGGCGGUAGCCCUCGGAUCCCCCCAGGAGCCACUCUCAGGAAAGUUGAUGGCGUCCCCGUGACAACAGUGCCCGUGCCGAGUCGCCUGGCUGUGCCCGUGGCCCUGGCAGGCCAGCAGGCUGGGCCCCGGACAGCCGCCCUGGAGCAGCUGCGGGAGCGGCUGGAGUCUGGGGAGGCCCCUGAGAAGAAGGUGUCGCGGCUGUCAGAGGAGGAGCAGCGCUUAGUGCAGCAGGCCUUCCAGCGCAACCUGCUCAGCAUGGCGCGGCAGCUGCCCAUGAAGGUCCGGAUCAAUGGCCGCGAAGACAGAUCAGAAGGCUCAGCUGCAGCUCUGAACUUGACCCCAAGCACCAUUGGGAGCAUCAACAUGUCUGUGGAUAUCGACGGCACCACCUAUGCAGGUGUGCUGUUUGCCCAGAAGCCCGUGGUCCACCUCCUCGCAGGACCUGCUCCCCAGAGCGUCGGCAGCAGCGCCAGCAGCAGCAGUUCUCACUGCUCGCCGAGUCCCACCUCCUCCCGGGGCACCCCCGGGGCAGAGCCCUCCACCAGCUGGUCCCUCUGACGGGCAGGCCCAGCUCCCCACUCUGCUCUCCUUUCGAGAGCCAAGGACACUGAUGCACAGGAUUUACCUCAUCUCACGGAGCACACGCCCACCACCGUCUGGCCAGACAUGAGGGUUUGCUGGGGCUCCAUUCAGGUCCUGCUGUACUUUGGGGGUGGGGAGAGACUGAGGGCGGGACAAGGCAGCGUUGUCCAAUCAGGGAUUGUUCUGGAGAAGUCGGCAGGGGUCUGUGGGCUGCCAGCUUCCUCCAGGGCUCUCAGGUCACCUCCCAUCCCGGGGCACAGUGUAUUGACAAUCUGUAAGCCAACACAGGCUGGAGGCCCUCUAUGACCCUUUCCCUUAUUUAUUUCCCUUCCCCACUUCUGCCAUGAGCCCAGGGUCAGUGGUCUCUCCCCUGCAUAGUCCCCCACUUUGCAGCUCUGGCCGGAGGACUGCUAGAGAGCCAAGAGCCUGCCCUUCUCUGCUGAGCUAGGAGGAAGCCCACCCUGGAUUUGGCGCCUGGGGGUGCUUCCUCAAAUCCGAGUCUUGAAACGGUGCCCAGGGCCACACUCUCUCCCUUUGGCCCCAAGGAAGGGUACAGGAGGCAGGGCUCAGGACUGCCCAGGCCCUGGCACGCAUCCUACACUGACCUUCCUCCAACCCUCCCCAACCUCCUGCUGCCCCCUUACCCUGUUGGCCAGCACUCCCCAGGACAUCCCUCUUGCCCCUGGGUCACCCUUCUUCUCAUGGGGCCAUCUGGGCCCCACCUCCCCCACACCUGCUGAUGGCAGGCCCAUGGAAAUACCUCAGAUUUGUAAUUGAUGUUUGAAUCUUCAGGAAGCCUUGGCAUUUCUGAAAGCCUUUUUGUAUGUGUUUUGUUGACAUUAUUUUUUAUUGUGGUUUUUUAAUUAAAUUUUAUCGUUGUUGUAGCACCAAAGAAUGAAAGCAGAUCACCCCCAAAGCCAAACAGAUGGUUUGGUUUCCCAGCACCCCGGCCCUUCCCUGAGACUCCCAACUCGGAGGCAGGGAGGCAGGCAGGAGCCUCGACUCAGGGAUCCUAGAGGUGGGAGGCAGGUGGGGUGGCCACAGGCCUGAUUGAUGAAGACAGUCCUGGACCUGCUUCUUGCCAGAGCAGGGCUUGGCCUGGACCCCUGUGCUUCUCACCUGCCCCAGGUGCCCUGCCCCGCCCCGCCCCAGGGCAGCCUCUCCUGGUGGGGGCAGCUUGUUCUUCCAUGGUGGAAGAGCUGGUCAUCUCCUGCACAGGCUCACCUCCCUGUCAUCUCAGCCUGGCGCGUGCUAUAGGGUGUCGUCCCCACCCCAGCCCCCAACGGUAUAGACUGUGGUGAUUGCAGCCCAGCAGACAGUGAGACCGGCCUGGGAAACCAGAAGCUGGAGCACAAACAGCUACCUCAGCUUGUUAGGCGGUGCCUCCGCUGCCCGCGUGUUCUCGAUCCUCCACACCUGCGGUGCACAGGCACGGGCCUGCCGGCAAGCACAAAAACCAGGCAAGGAAAGGCACCUGGGGUCUGCCGCCGGGGACCGGGAGGGACCCGCUUGGAGGUGCCUCAGAUAUUUGGCCAGUGCAUCUUUCUCAGGGGUUUGGUCACGAAGGAUGGACUCUUCCCAUCCAGAGGACACAGGGACAGUACUGUCUGUCUGGUCAUUGCGGUCUCCCCCUACCCCCCAGAAGCUUAGCCAGCCUCCCCUCUGAGCGAGCCCUCGCUGCCCUCCAGGACAGUAACAGAGCACCAGCCAGCCGGUGCCCCAGAAGUGAUGGCGUCCUGACCCAGGAGAGGCUUUGCCCAUGUGGCAGGCAGAUGUGUGAGUGCCCCCAACCUCCCCUCCUCAUGUAUUCUAACCGGGAAAAUGUGAUAGCACAUGGGUAGCCUAGGCAGUGGAUAAAUACCUCAGAUGUCUUCUGGCAGCAAGUGUCUGUAUAUGUCGUGGUUAUUUUCUAUCAUACAUGUUCUCGAAUGUUUAUAUUUCAAUAAACUGCUACCUCUUCACACAA